AGACGGUCUCCCCUCUUGCAUUAGAUCGAGCUAGCGGAGGAAAAGCGAGAGCUGUACAAGCGGCAAGGAGCACUUUUGUGUCAGGAGUUUUCAAGGCAUUAUCGAACACGAAAGGACCCAACAAGCCUAAAGGGAUUACUUCAGCGAAGACCGGAUUCAGAAAAUACUUGGACAAAACGAAAUAUACUUGGAAUCAUGACUCUCAACAAAGGGGACAAGAGACGAGGAAGUAUGCCGUUCCCCGUCCACCUGCAGAACCUGCACAGGAGAAGCAUGCCCGUUGACGACCGCGAGCUCCGUUCGACGGCGCAGACGGUAGAGCUGUCGAAUCUCACUCGCUGCACAUCCUACACACCCGGCGACCAGCACAGAGACAGCUGCGUGUCUGACUCGUCAGACUCCGUCAUCUCUUCCGGCAGCGACGCCGAGGGGCAGGUUUACAAGGUGGUCAUCCUGGGUGACCACGGUGUUGGAAAGUCCAGUCUGGCGCGGAUAUUUGGCGGCGUAGAAGACGGCUACGACUGCGAUGAGCCCGGAAACACCUAUGACCGGUCCAUCGCUGUCGAUGAUGAAGAAGCUUCCAUCCUCCUCUAUGACAUAUGGGAACAGGACCACAGCCAAUGGCUGAGGGAGCAGAGUAUGCGCAUGGGCGACGCCUACGUCAUCGUCUACUCGGUGACGGACAAGGCCAGCUUCGAGAAGGCGUCGGAACUGCGCAUCCAGCUGCGGAGGGCCAGACAGUCCGAGAAUAUUCCCAUAAUCCUCGUGGGCAACAAAAGCGACCUGGUGCGGUCCAGAGAAGUCUCCAUGGACGAGGGCAGCGCUUGCGCCGUGGUGUUCGACUGCAAGUUCAUCGAGACGUCGGCCUCCCUCCACCACAACGUGCGGGAGCUCUUCGAGGGCAUCGUCCGGCAGAUCCGCCUGCGUCGGGACAGCAAGGAGGAGAACGCGCGCCGUCUGGCCAGCAGCAAGCGCCGCGAGAGCGUGGGCAAGAAGGCCAAGCGCUUCCUGGGUCGCAUCGUGGCCCGGAAGAACAAGAAAAUGGCCUUCAGGCAGAAGUCCAAGUCCUGCCACGACCUCUCAGUCCUCUGAAGCCUCCGGUGUCCUCCGUGUUUUUUUGUUUUUUUUUGUUUUUUUCUUCACACACCUAGACCCAGACGCUGUGUGUCACCGGCUUGUGUUUUUCCCACACCAAAACUGUGGACUUAUAGAUUUGUAAAUAUAUGUAUUUACAACUUUUGUAAAACUCUGAACUGAGGGAAUUAUAAAAAAAACAAAACAAUUGGAAAGUACAGAUUGAUGACAAAUCUGCAUGUAGCUCUUGUUUUUAAUCAGUUUAAAAAACAACAACUCUGCCUUAAAACUGCAACUGUUGAAUCCUACUUGUGUCGGUUUGUCUUGUCAGUGAGUUGACCUUGCUGCUGGACACCCUUGUCCGCAGAAGCAGUAUGUAACUACUGGUAUUUUAUUGGUAGACUGUAUGUUGAGAGUACAGGUACUGUAUACAAUGAUGGCUUAGCAACAGGGGGUGCACCAAUGUCUGAAAUAUUACAGUAAAUACUGUAUGUGAUUUUAACCAUUGAUCUGACAUUUUUAAAUUAUAUUUACUUGAAACUUAAGUAUGCUGGUUCGUACUUUUGGUGACAUAUUCUUCGAUGCCCUGGCAUUUGUACUCCCAAGUCUGAAAGAGUGUGUGAAUGAAUGAAAUGGAGCAAUACAUUUGACUUGUGUUGUGAAUUUAACAUUGUUUCAGUAGGUUGAACUGCACAUCAAUUUACUCAACUAAGAAUUUUGUUAUAUGUUUACAUUGAUAUUUUAUAAUUAAAAAAAUAUACUGUAAA